AUGAUCCUCAGGCUCCUGGAAACGGUAGACUACGAUACCAACACCAAGCGCUCUUUCGGGAACUUCCCACUCCAUCUAGGAUCUUGGAAAUCCGAUAAUCCCGAGGUGAUAAAAAGACUUGUUGAAAGAGGAGCAGACGUAAACGCGAAGAACAGAUGGCUUGCUACGCCUUUGCACUUCGCCGCAGCGGUCGGUAAUAUCAGCGCAUGCUCAGGAUUGCUCCAAUCUAAGGAUCUGGACCCUAAUAUCACCACGGCGGCUGGGCUAACAGCCCUCCAUUACGCUACCGCGAGGGAGCGGCACAAACAUGUGCUGAGCCUAUUGCUUCUGAAAGGAGGGCAAGAUGUGAACUACACGGACGUAAAUGAAAGAGGCACCGCUCUCCAUAUUGCCGUGGGACACCUUAACACCGAAAUCCUCGAAGUCCUUCUUGAAUGUCCAGAAGUCAACCUGAACAUUGGAAAUCAUCAUGGACGCACUGCGUUGAUUAUAGCAUCUCUCAGGCAGCGCGUGGAUAUGAUUGAACUACUGUCAAGCAGAGUGGACCUGGAUUUCAAUGCGUUAGACCUGUACGGCCGUUCUGCGUUGUCUUAUGCGGCUUCACAGGGCUUUCAUGACGGGGUGCAAAGGCUCUUACUGCUAUCUCAGCGGACGCUCGAUAUCAACAAGGCUGAUAUGAAUGGUCGGACAGUCCUGUCUCACGCUGCGGAGAGUGGGCACUUCGAUAUUGUCGAUUUGCUUUGUCAACAGCCGGAUAUCGAUAAAGGGAUGAUGGUAGGUCUUGUACAGCGAACAUAUGGCUUGUAG